AUGUCGCAACAAAACGGCGACCACGAAAUGGCUGAUGCGGAUGCCGAUGCGGGCGCUGGCGCAGAAGCGAACGAGUCCGCCCAGAGCGAAGUUCGGCAGGAAAAGCAGAUGCUGCGACUUCUUCCAGGAUCAACAGACACCGCGGCUUCCUUUGCUUUUGAGAAGGAAGACCACACGCUGGGCAAUGCGCUGCGGUACAUGAUUACCAAGAACCCUUCGGUGGAAUUCUGCGGCUACACGAUCCCGCAUCCUUCAGAGCCGUAUAUGAACCUGCGCAUACAGACUGAUGAUGACACGACGGUCUUCGAGGUGCUGCGCAAAGGACUCGAGGAUCUCUCCGAACUGUGCGACGUGGUGGAGGACAAGUUCUCGGUCGCGAGAGACGCAUUCAACGCAGACAAUCCUGAUCGAGCGGAGGCGCAGUAG